ACGGCUCAAGGUGCUCGCGUUUAGCCCCGCACAUCUUAAUCGUUUUCCCUAGUUUUUUUUUGGAAAUGUUUUCACUAUUUUUAGAUGUUGACAUUUGUUAGACUUUUAUGAAGGUCUUAGGUAGGUUAGUGUUUCAAAUGGAGUGAAUUUCAGGCAGAACAAGACGAUUUUCUGUUCAGUAAUUGUCAUGUGAUGUGGGUUGACCAAUCAAAUUAAUCGGGUUUGAAACGAGCAUAUAUAAAUCCAUGAAAGCAAGAGAGGUAUUCUGCGAUGCUGGUGACAAACCUCGGGGAAGAGGCAAGAAAUCCCGAAGAUAUUAUGACUCGAAGACCCAUCCGGCGCUGGAAGGAUACCAGCAUAUGGGCCAACCUCCAGUUCAGGUAAGAUCGUGCCUGUGAGCCAGCCAGCUGCCAGUGGGGAUUCUGAAAUGACAAACAACAUUGACAAAAUGUCCGACCAAGAAAACACAUCAGCCACUCCAGCAAAUCCAGGGUCUGAUACAACAAAGCGACGACCCGGACGAGGGACAAACCAGACACAGUACCUUCUGAAAAGUGUUUUAAAGCCUCUCUGGAAACAUCAGUAUUCAUGGCCUUUCCAAAAACCUGUGGAUGCCACGAAACUGGGCUUAGUGGAUUACCACAAGAUCAUUAAACAUCCUAUGGAUCUGGGAACAAUCAAAAAGCGACUGGAAACAAAUUACUAUUACAGUGGCAAAGAAUGUAUACAGGAUUUCAACAUCAUGUUCACAAACUGUUACAUUUACAACAAAUCUGGAGAGGAUAUAGUUGUGAUGGCAGAAAUUCUGGAAAAGCUUUUUUUACAAAAGGUUGCUGGAAUGCCAACAGAGGAGAUCGUUGUGACUGAAAAUCAAAGGCCAGGCAAAAAACCUAAAGAAAAAGAAACUCUGCCGCCAGGAAAGAGAGGACCGAAAGCCAAGUCUGCAGCCCCCAAAGCCGCUCCGCCACCUGUUGCGAAUAACAUAUCACCUGUGUUGUCUCAGACUAAGAUCCCCCCACCUGUGUCAGUGUCAGAAACGAACGCUUUACCUGAACCCAAACCCCCUGUAAGUGCUAGUAAACCCCCAGCCUCAAAGGCCCCUCCAGCUGCAAAGCAGGAGACCGCAUCAGUGGUUGCAACCUCCACUUCUAACAGUACUGUGAUACCUCCAUUUGCCAAGGAAGACGUAGGCCCGAAAGAGGAGGUAGGGGUGGUGAAGAGCACAAUGCCCACUGAGCCACCACCGCCACAGGUGUCCCCAACAGUAGUCCCACCCACGCAACCUACAAAGACCAAAAAAGGGGUCAAGAGGAAAGCAGAUACUACCACACCGGUACCACCUUUUGAUCCGCAGUAUGAGGUGCCGCCGAUACAGGAGAAGAUAGCAGCUAAAAUCACACCUGCACGAAGGGAAAGCAUUCGGCAGAUCAAAAAGCCCAAACGAGACUUGCCAGAUGAGCAGGUAAGGCCAAAGACGAGCACUGCCUUUCCCAGCGCACAAGGCCAUGGUUCCAGUGAGACACCGCAUGGUGCGAAAGUGAAGAAAGGAAAGUUAUCAGAAGGGCUAAAGUACUGCAAUGGAAUUUUGAAAGAACUGUUUGCAAAGAAGCAUGCUGGUUAUGCUUGGCCAUUCUACAAACCUGUAGAUGCCAGUUCAUUAGGACUUCAUGAUUACCAUGAUGUCAUAAAGAAGCCUAUGGACCUGGGAACAGUGAAGAAAAAAAUGGAAGGCAGAGAGUACAAGAAUCCUCAAGACUUCGCCGAGGACGUUCGGUUGAUCUUCACAAACUGCUACCGUUACAAUCCUCCAGAAAGUGAUGUUGUUAACAUGGCCAAAAACUUGCAGGAUGUCUUCGAACUGAAGUAUGCACGUAUGCCUGAUGAGCCCCAUGCACCCCCGGAGACCUCUGCAGCUGCACCGCCACCUAAAGAUCCCACGUCCCCUAACAGCUCGUCAGUCAGUGUGAUUGUGUCUAGUUCAGAUGAAGAGGAUGAGAGUGAAGAGGAGCGAGAGAGGCGGUUAAGAGAAUUACAGGAACAGUUAAAAAUGGUGCAAGAACAACUGGGAAAACUUACACAGGAACAUUUUGCUAAGGCCAAAGAAAAGAAAGACAGAAAGAUGAAGCGACGGAAAGAGCGAGAAAAAGAGCGCGAGAUCAAAAAGGAAUCCAGAAGUAACAAAGAACCUGUGCAGCCACCAGUGAUACCUACAGUAACAACGCCAGUGGAACCAAUUAAACAUCCAAAUAAGACAAAUAAGAAAUCGAAACUGAAAACACCUAGCCAAAAGCGGCCAAAUGGGCCCAAAAGGACUAACGCUAAACCAAGCUCUAAGAAAAAUAAGACACUUGCUCCUGGGCUGGUCCCACCUUUAGUGCCCGAGUUUGAUAGUGAAGAUGAGGACAAUGCUAAGCCUAUGACCUAUGAUGAGAAGAGACAACUAAGUUUAGACAUCAACAGGUUACCAGGUGACAAGCUGGGGCGAGUGGUACAUAUAAUACAGUCUCGAGAACCGUCCUUGCGAGAUUCCAAUCCAGAUGAAAUAGAAAUAGACUUUGAAACUUUAAAACCUUCAACGUUGAGAGAGCUAGAAACAUAUGUUAUGUCCUGUUUAAAAAAGAAACCUAGGAAACCAUAUACAAAAAAGACGCCAGGGAAGUCAAGGGAAGAAGCUCAAAAAGAAAAGAAAGAAGAAUUGGAACGAAGGUUACAAAAUGUCACUGGUCAGCUGGGAACAUCAGCAAAAAAGCCUACCAAAAAAGAGGAGGGUAGCGUGGUUGACGUCGUGGGUGGGGCAGGCCGUACCCUGACCAGCAGUAGCAGUUCCUCGGACAGUGACACCAGCAGUGACAGUAGUUCUUCCAGUUCCAGCGAGUCCAGCGAUUCCGAAUCAGAGUCUCCCAAGAAGAAACCAAAGCCAACAGUUAACCAGACGAGAUCUCCAGCCAUGUCCCCACCAGUGAAAAUCACGAUAGGCGGUUCUAGUAGCCUGAACAAGAUGUCUGUGAAAUCUGGGGAGCCGGCCAUCCAACCGUCCCACGUCCCCACAUCCAGCUCGGCCGUUCCUUCUCACAUGCACCCGCCACAAUUGCCGCCCAUGCAGCCGUUGCCCCCGGUGCAGUCUCUGCCUCCAGCACUACCCCCUGUUUUCUCACCCCAUCACCUCAACCCCCCUGCGUUGGAGGACUCACUGUCCCCGCCCCAAAUGUCCCCUCCUCUUCUACAGACGGGACUGCCGACAUCUGUGAUACAACCCAUGCCAGCCUCACCCCCUAUAGUUCUCUCGGCUCCUGUGCGCCCUGCCAGUCACAGUUUACCGCAGCAACCUAGUCGGCCUUCUGCCAUGGCAACAGCCAAACCCCAGGGCAAAAAUAUCAUUCCAGUGCAAUCUACAAAUGACGGCAACCUGAAUCCUCUUUUGCCAUCCAGCCAUGCGCCUGCGCUGACCCCUCCCCCACCCUCACUGGACGUCAUGUCACCGCUCCACCCUCAGGAGUCAAUGUCACCUUUACAGGUGCCCUCUCCCAUCGAGAUCUCCCCACCCCAUGAGAAGCCUAAACCUAAUCCGUACGCCUUCAUGGAUGAUGAUGAAUCUAAUAGCCCCCACCCAAGUCCUAAGCCAGUUCCGCCAGGAGCUACUGUUUCCGCCAGUGGUGUUGGGGUAUCAUUUGGUGUAGGAACAGAUGGUGGCAAAUCAGACCCUAAAGGCUCGUUAAAUGCCAUGAAAAAGCAGGACAUAAAGCUGAAGAAUGUGGGUUCCUGGUCUAGUCUGGCCAGUCUCUCCUCACAACACUCAAACUCAGCCCAGAAGAAGUCCUCAUCUGCCAUGCAGAGCUUUGAGAUGUUUAAGAAGCAAGCCAAGGAAAAACUGGAGCGGAACAAGGCUUUGAUAGAACAGCAAGAGCAUCGGCGGAUUCAAAAAGCUCAUGCAGAGAGGGAACGACAGCGACUAGAGAAAGAAAGACAGAGGGAGAUUCAGGAGCAGGAAGCUCUAGAAUUGGCCAGGCAAAAGUUCAAGGCACAAGAGGAGAUGAACCGGCAGCAGGAGAAAGAAAAGGCAUCUGCGAUGAAACAGCGAGAGAGGAUGAAAGAACAGGAGAGGCGAAGGAGAGAAGCGAUGGCUAACCAAAUUAACAUGAAUGAACAGAGUGAGUUGAUGGCUUCCUUUGAGGAGAUGAUGUGAGGACAUGACACUUUGGCAUUCUUGGCAUCAUCAUUCAUCUUAUGUAACAGUGAUGCAGUAGUGGUGUCCAGUCACUACUUCAGCAUUGUACCACACAUGCUGAAGCGACCUUUGAGGUGUUGACCAGGCUGUCUGUCUGGUUAUACCUCUGCCUACCGCUUCUAGAGAAGCAUAGUUAAGGCUUCAGCAUGAGACAGGAUUGUGGCAUUAUUCGACAUCGACUUUGCUCGGCUGUGAACGAGCAAAAGGAGAAAAACCUUGGCCCUCAGGGACGCCUGUUAGGCACUGCGUGUGUACAAAUGUACAGAUUUACUGGACAUACCCGUGACUGUAUUCCAGCAACUUGCCAGGGAUUGUUAACUUUACUGAUACUGGUGUCAUUAAAGAGUUCUGGCAGCUGUCAGCUUAUUCCUGUGAUGGGAUGUGCCCAGGAGACAGUCAGUCACAGGCAAGCAGCUUUCAUGAGAGUUGGCAAAGAUUUUCCUAAAUGUUCCUAGAAAACUUCACUUUGUUCGGAUAAAUUGCAAUUGUGAACAGCUUGUUCGAGCAUGACCUUUCGGACAAGUCAACUUAUUGGGAGCAUAUUUGUUAUGACUAAGCAUGUUUUGAUUGGCUGAAACAGUGCCCUGAAAUCUAGAGGAGCCUGUUAUAAUCCAAGAUAAGAGCAUUUCCUUGUGAGGACAUAUUCAGUCUGCUGGACGUGUUUUGAGAUUUACAAAUGAUUGUUAAAUGUAUGGGAGACUAUAGUGAGCAAGAGGUGUUAAAGUAUUCUGUUGGUAGGACAUCUGUGCAGAACUGAUAUUAACUUAGAAAGACAAAGAUAAAGGCAGACGUUUCCUGACUUGUGGUUGGUAGAAAUGUCAGUGAAUCCAUUUCUUUGUGGGAGAAACUUCGGCUUUUUUUUUUUCAAUUUUUUUUUUCCACCUAGCGUGUGAAGAAGUUACAUAUAUUAACUGUUCAGUUCCAUUACUUUGUCCUGAGUAGAAUCUGUAUGUAUAUAUAAAUAUAUAUAUAUAAUUGACUUUAAAGGUAAUUUAAACCAAUUGGAAAUGAUGGGGUUUACAGAUGAAUUUUUCCCCCCCCAAUGAUGGGUGCGUUUAAAUUAUUGCAGCACUUCGCGGAGUCUGUGUGUGGUACAUUAGUGUAUAGAGUGUACCAUACUGUGCAAUAGAUGUGUAUGAUAAAUUCUUGGUCACACAGUUUCCAUACAAUAAGUCACCCCUUAUUUCCACUUCUCUAUUCUUACUUGUCGAGAAGCCAUUGCAUGUAUAGUGUGUAAUAUGAAUGUGUAUUGAAUUUUUGUUCAGUCAAAUCUGUCUCAUAUUGACCACUGUGCCUAUUACAUGUGUGAAUUUGUAAUUUUUCUAUCGAGAUUAACAUAGGCUGAGAGUCUUUGUUGUUUUUUUGUUUUGUCAGUUUUCUGUAAAUUUUCUUUCCUAUGCACAGUUGGGUCUGCAGUUUAAUUUUGUUUGCUCUCGUAGACUGCUUUAGUGUUGCUUGGAAAGUGAACAAUACUUCCUGUAGAUCAAGUACAAGCUUAAAACUGCUUUCAUUACAUUGACACCACUACCAAUGGACUUUUUAUGGCAGAGUUAUGUUUCUGCAAAAUUCUACAGUACUGUUCUGAUUCAUUAGUUCAGGUGUGUUUGAUUGCUCGCAGGAAAUGUUGAAGAAACAACUCUGUUGGUGCUACAUAUACAUAGAGAUAAGUGUUCCAGGACAGACUCUAUUCAUGUUGUACAUGAUGAAAAGAGUAGAUAUGUAGUUGGCUGUAAAGUUCAGUUUAUAAAGUUAAAUAGUGAUAACCUGCUGGCUCUAAAAUCAGAUUUAAUCUCUCGAGAGAACAUAACUGAUGUCUUCCGUGUGAUAUUAGCUUGGCAUCUCAAUAGAUGAUUCAGUAGCAUGUUACUUGUUAACUCCGUGUAGGUACAUUCAACAAAAUCUGUAUUGAUUUCAGUCCAUACAGGUUAACUUUGGGCAGAUUUCAACCAAAUUUUGCAUAGUUGCAGUGGAAAAUAAUAUGUGUACAUGCAAAGUGAAUUCCAGGUGAAAAUUAAAUUUCAUGAGGCUCGAAGCCCUCUGGACAAGCUGACACAGCCUAUACAUUUCAAACCUCAUUUCUAAAAAAGAAAAUAAAGGCAAUUCUUGCUGGGGGGGGGGGGGGGA